AAUUUAACCAAACUUAUGAAUAUGAGUUUCGAUUUAUUAGUGGUUCUCAUACCACUGGCCAGCAAGGCUAAGGUCUUUUUUACCUAGGAACAGCCCUGCAUCUGGAGUUCCUUUACUUUCUUUUCACCAAAGGCGGGCGAUCUUCUAAUAACUAAGAUACUGGACGUGGCGAGGGUUGCUGUUAUGCGAUGGAUGGACAUGGAUCAGAUUCAGAGGGAGCUCACUGAGUGAUAUUGCUAAAGUUAAAUCCACCUGCGUAACCUGAGCGACCGAUAUUGCCAAAAUGGUAGUGCAACCUUGAGAUUCAUCCUCAUCUUCAUCUCUGUCACAGAAUCAGUGAAGCUCAAGAACUUUGGAGCUUCAAAAGUGCUUAUAUUUGAGUCAAACAGUAUCAGUCAAUGGUAGUCAUAAUUUUGAAACCAAUAAGACUUUAGAAACCACUAAGAAGGAAACAAGUGGGAAUCGAACGUCAGACAACUCUUUCGGAUUAUUUUUAUACAAGUGUUCAACCAUUCGAGCACCAUUAGCUGCUUUGUAUACAAGCAUUCAACCAUUCGAGCACCAUUAGCUGCUUAUUUGGAAGCAAAUCUUGCUGAGAAUACAAAGGAUGACGGUGUUGAAGAGGUAUGUGCUGAGGUUGUUCAUGUCAUUAAAGUACGUUACUGCUAAUGUAGUGGAUAGGAACAAUGGGCGAAUAGUUGCAACAGCAUCAACAGUUGAACAUUCUAUCAAAAACUCACUUGAGUGUGGUAGAACCUGCAAUGCAAAAGCUGCAACAGUUGUGGGUGAGGUGUUGGCUAUGCGACUUAAGGUAGAAGGUCUUGAAUCUGGCCAAGAAAGAGGCAUUCAUGUUGACGUGAAUAAAGAGCUUGAGAAAAAAGAUUUCAAAAAUCGAACCAAGGUUUGGGCUAUUAUCAAUUCUCUUAAAAGCAACGGUGUCAGGCUCAUUCUUGACGAGAGUAAUGAUGCUUCUCGGCUAGGUUAAGCCUUUCUGCUAUGACUUGUUUAGCCUGGUACUAUUUGGUCCACAAAACACAUUACCGGUUUGAUCUUUGUUUAAAGAAAAUUUUAGAAUGGAAAAGCUAUAUGUUAUGAGUGAUGACUACUGUGCAGAAGCUCGACAUUUAAGAAUAAAUACCAUGAGUGAUGACACAAAGGCUGAUUGGUCAAAUAUGUAGAUAGCAAGAUUUGGAUUUAUGUUUUCGUGUUCUGAUUGCAUGACCUGAAUCAACUUGCAAUAUCAAAAUUUUUGCGUUACCUGUCACUUCAGUUUAUAUAUCUUAUAUCCAGAUGGGAAAUAUGGUUUGUA